AUGGCAAAUCCAUUGAUGAAAGGAGCUGAUCACGCACGAGCUCAAUGGUACUGGAAAUCGAAUUCGAAUCCGUGGUCGAACAACGAAAAGGAGGAAUGGACAAGAUAUUCCGAUAUUCAAUCUGACAUUAUUGAACAUGCAUUUGAUCAAACGACGAACACAAAUUUAGUUGAACUAGAUAAUUAUUGGAUUGACUUGAAGCGCUCAGUUCAAAUCAGUAAGCAUGAUCAAAAUAAACAAAGACAAAUCAAACGAAUGCUAAUUACUACAACUGACAAUGAAUGUUUACGAGAAGAGAGAUUUUUUUUUCCCGAACCAUUGAAGAAACCAUUCAAUGAGGAUCGUUUGGACGGUGGUUAUCAUGGCUUUAUAGUUAAAUUAGAUAAUUUCCAAGUAUAA